AACUUCAACAUUGAAAGAGUAACCAACAGGAUGAACACUGCCACUCCCACUGAAAAUGAAUUCACUCUCCUGGAGGAAGGAUUCUCUGCCCAGGAUAUGGUUGACAAGAUUAUCAAUGAAUCAUCUACGACGGAUGACAGGGAUGCCUUCUAUGUCUGUGACUUGGGAGAUUUGCUGAAGCAACACCUGCAAUGGGUGAGGGCCCUGCCUCGUGUCACUCCUUACUACGCUGUCAAAUGUAACGACACUCGGGAAGUGGUUAAGACACUGGCGUCUCUGGGAACUGGCUUUGACUGUGCAAGCAAGUCAGAGAUUCAGCUGGUUCAGUCUCUGGGAGUAGAACCAAGCAGAAUCAUCUACGCCAACCCCUGCAAGCAAGUUUCUCACAUCAAGUAUGCUUCAGCAAAUGGGGUCCAGGUGAUGACCUUUGAUAGUGAGGAGGAACUUAUCAAAGUGGCCCGUUGUUAUGACAAUGCCAAGCUGGUGCUACGAAUCACCGCUGAUGACUCAAAGGCAGAGGUUAGUCUCAGUAUGAAGUUUGGGGCCCAUCUCAAAUCCUGUCGAGGUCUUCUGGAGCGAGCUAAAGAGCUGAAGCUGGAUGUGAUUGGUGUCAGCUUCCAUGCUGGCAGUGGCUGCAGGGAUGCUAUGGCAUACGUAAAGGCAAUCACAGAUGCUCACUUUGUUUUUCUUAUGGGGGCUGAUCUUGGGUUCAAAAUGGAUCUCUUGGACAUUGGUGGUGGAUUCCCUGGUACAGAUGAUGUCAAACUCAAAUUUGAAGAGCUCACAGCUGCUAUCAACCCUGCUCUGGACAAGUAUUUUCCUGCUGACACUGGUGUUAAGAUCAUUGCUGAGCCAGGACGCUUUUAUGUAACUUCUGCUUUCACACUGGUUGUCAACAUCAUUGCCAAGAAGGUCAUCAUGGACGAGGAGUCAGACUCUGAUGAUAAAGACAAAGUGAUCAACAACAAGACUCGGAUGUACUACAUCAAUGAUGGAGUGUAUGGAUCUUUCUCAUUCAUACCCUUGCACAACUUUAAGGUUCUGCCAACACUGCAUAAGAAGCCAAAGCCAGAUGAAACCAUGUACCCAUGUAGCAUCUGGGGCCAAACCUGUGAUGGUGCGGAUCGCAUCGUUGAGCAGUGUUUCCUGCCUGAUCUGCAGGUGGGCGACUGGCUGGUCUUUAAAAACAUGGGUCACUACACCAUAGCUGCCUCCUGCUUAUUUAAUGGAUUCCAAAGACCUGACAUUCACUACAUGAUGUCUCGUCCUGCCUGGCCUCUCGUGCCUGCCAACUCCUGUGGGAAAAGUCAGCCUGUGGCCAAGAUGGAGAGAAACAUGCCCAGUAGUCACAUUAAUUGCUAAUAACUCACAAAGAGUUUGAACAAGUUAUGUAUGUUUAUAUACAUAUACAUAUAUACAGUACAUAUAUAUAUACCUAAAUAUACAUAUAUAUUUAUAUAAACAAGAAGAAGAUAGGAAUCACAUCAAAUCAUUUUACAAAAACAUGAAAAUAAAUGAGCAAUACUUUAUACAGACCAUAUCUACUGUGUGUAAUUUGCAUUUAAAUGUCUUUAACAUAGACUUUUGUUGUAAGUGGUGCAUGCACGCUAGUAUGGCAAGCCGUUUUAACAUUUAAUCGAACCACACUCCUAUCCAUAAUCACAUUUUAGACAAUUGUAAUUUCAGAUAUCCACGACUGCAUUCAAUCUAGGACAAAUGACAUAAUGUACCCCAGAAUGCAAUUCGCCAGAACAUAGCAGCAGAGAAAACAAAUAUAAACCAGGUCUCGUGGUCUUCGUCUGCCUGGACAUUAGCUGUAACUUACAUUCUCAGUUCAGCCAAACUGUUCCUAAGUUCAUCAUUCAUGUCUGGAGACAGUAAAUGUUUGAUUCUCUCAAGAUUUCUACCACAGUUGUCGAUAGUACGAUGAUCUCUCUCUCUUGUCCGAGAGCGUCCACAGAGGCGAGCUGAUCACCUCUGACAACGUCGCUGCCAGACUAUAAAUACGUCAUAUCUUAAGACACAAACCACAUUUUUCUUAAAACUGCAUUCUGUGUAAUAUUUAUUUCAGGUUUAUAUUUGUUUGCUCUGCUGCUAUGUUUUUAUAUUUUCUUGUAUUCUAUACAUCACAAAACAACUUUCAUUAAGCUCACUUAUUUACAUAUUUAUUUUAUUUUCAUUGACGAUUCUAUAAAACAUACUAGAAGUGAUAAACUAUUUAUUGUGAAAUAUUUGCAGGAAAAUCUGCUCUGUGGAUUCACACCAAAGAGUACAGAAAAUGAUUGAGAGCAUUUAGACGUUUAUUUAUGUAAAACGUUGCAGCAGCUCUGCAAAGAGGAUGGCGUCAUGAAAAGGCAACACAUAAAAUGGUCAAUUACCAUAAAUAAAAACACAGAUGUUUAUUGAG